GGCCUCUUCUCCUUCUUCUAAGAACCUGCAUUGUUGCAUGCAGCUCAAGUACCUUGAAGUUUGAGCAACUCAAAACACCUUGUUUUUUGUUUCUACCAUUCUUGUUUCCUGUCAAAGUUUUGAGCAUAAUAUUUGGAAAAGCUGAGAGAGAUAAGGAAAGCUAAAGUAGUUGGUGGUGACUCAGUUUUGCUUUUCCUCUGCUUUUGAUUAGUUGGUUGAGGUCGGUUUAGUUGAAACAGGAAAGUUGUAGAGAACGAGAGAAUCCCAAGAUUUCUUGAGGCUGAAAUGAGUUGCCUCUGAUCUAGGGAACUCAGGUUUCAGUGACUUUCCCUUCUGCUGGUUUUUCUGCAUUUGUUUGUGUUUGGUUCAUUUCAUGUAUUGGUUUCUCUGCUUUUCUCUUUCCUAUGAAUCACUGGGUUGGUGAAAAGGUAGAGAGAUCACAUAAAGAAGAUUUUGGUUCUUAUCCUAUUCUGUUUCUGUGGGUGAUAGAGAGUUGUAGAGGUUGAGAGUGAUCUGGAGCUUUCUAUUUAUAGCAUUUAGUUUCAGCAUAUUCUCUGAUUUACCACUAAAGCAUCAGAUUCAACCUCCCAUUUCCAUUCAAUUAGUACUUAUAGGCAUCUUAGUGCUUCCUAUAUGUGUCUCAGAUAAUAGGACAUUGUUUUCUUACUGAAGAAAGAACUUGUUCUUUUUCAUUGUCUUUGAUUCUCUCUAGACUAAUAUAUAUUAGGGAGGGAGAAGUUAAUUGAAGACUAAUAGUUUUAAGAGGGUUUGGAAGGUUUAGGAAAUCCAUGGAAGACGUAGCUCAACCAGUUGCAGUUCCAUAUAGGCUAGGUAAUUUGAUUCAUGAGGAAUCAGCAGUGAAAACCCAAAUGGAAAUCACUGGUCUCAAGCUAAUAUCAAAUACAUCAACCUUGUUAUCCAAUACUUCUUCAAAACCAAGUCUGCCAUGUGAGUCCAUUUCUUGUGGAAAUCAAAGUUACAGAAGCAAAAAUCCACAGGACGAAAAUAGAGAUCUGAUUUCUGGUGAAACCAUUAAUUGGGGAGGUAAGGAGUGCAAGUUCAUGCCUUUAUGCAAUCGGGUUCUAGGUAGUUCAUGCUUCCAAUCUUUGGUUCAUGAUGAGGGUGAGAUUUGCAAUGGAUCUAACACUUGUGAUGCAUCCACCACUUCGGUGAAUCGGGCAAAGAAAAUUUGUAGGACAAGCUCCAAUGGGAAGGUUUUCGAUUUGGAUCGUGCACCCUUUUGGGGAUACACCUCAAUCCGUGGAGGGAGACCAGAGAUGGAAGAUGAUGUUGCAGUUAUUCCUAGACUUUUGCAGAUUCCUAUUCAAAUGUUAGUGGAUGAUUCUGACAUGAGCCAAAACCCAAGUCAAUUAACUGCCCAUUUCUUUGGAGUUUAUGAUGGACAUGGGGGUUGUCAGGUUGCUAAUUACUGUCGUGAACGAGUGCAUUCAGCUUUGGUUGAAGAGAUUGAAAUUGCUAAAGCAGGCUUGAAUGAAAACACUGGUGAGUCUUGGCAGGAGCAGUGGAAGGAGGCCUUCACCAAUUGCUUCAUAAAAGUUGAUGCUGAGGUUGGAGGAGCUCCCAAAGGCACACAUUCAAGCAACACUAGUGCUUCUGAGGAUUCUCUUAAACCUAUUGCUCCUGAAACUGUUGGUUCUACUGCUGUAGUCGUCGUUGUUUGUCCAACCCAUAUUAUAGUAGCAAACUGUGGUGAUUCGAGAGCAGUAUUGUACCGCGGAAGAGUGGCGAUGCCAUUGUCAGUGGAUCACAAACCAGAUAGAGAAGAUGAAUAUGAAAGGAUUGAGGCUGCUGGAGGCAAGGUCAUACAGUGGGAUGGUUCUCGUGUAUUUGGUGUUCUUGCCAUGUCACGGUCCAUAGGUGACAGAUACUUGAAACCAUCAAUCAUACCGGAUCCAGAAAUCAUGUUUGUUUCUCGAGAGAAGGAAGACGAUUGCCUAAUCCUAGCCAGUGACGGCUUGUGGGAUGUAAUAACAAAUGAGGAGGCCUGUGACAUUGCGCGGAGGCGGAUCCUUGUAUGGCAUAAGAAGUAUGGUGAUACAGUAGAACGGGGCGAGGGAGCUGAUCCUGCAGCCGAAGCUGCAGCAGUGUACCUCUCAAGGCUUGCAAUCCAAAAGGGGAGCAAAGACAACAUAACUGUUGUAGUGGUAGACCUGAAAGCUUCAAGGAAGUUUAAGAAAAAAAUUUAAACUCAAAUUAAAGAGUGGAAUUUACAGAGAUAUACUAGUAUAUUAUUACAUCAUAAGAUGAUUAUAAACACUAAUUUGACUCACUCAUCCCAUUAGUUUUUCACAUGGGUUUAGUGUGGUUCAUGAAUACUCUUUCUGCAUAAAGAAAGUAUAGCCUUACUAA